UCUCCCGCGGGCGGCUGCGCUGAGUGUCCGCUCUAGAUCCCUGGCGGCCGCUGCACGGACGAGAUGGCGACCGAGAGGCGACUCCGCCGCUUCUCCGCCGACGGCUGAGGAUUGACACUGUUCAAUCGCAAACCGUUGUAUAUUUCACACUAUGUGCUGAACGUCCAAGAUGUCUGAAAAUAUUUGUUUUGAAGAUUUUUUUUUUUGAUUCCAGUGGAAUCUAGAUUUUUAUUUUAUUUUUUAUUUUUUAAGUUGAGCACACAGACGUUUGAGGAGGAGAGAUCCUAAGACGCAGUGCGUGCCCCUGGCCCGCCAGCCUGUUACAAUGCCCGUGCAAGCCCCACAAUGGACGGAGUUUCUGUCGUGCCCCAUCUGCACCCACACGUUCGAGCAGACCAUCCGGCGCCCCAUCAGCCUGGGCUGCGGCCACACCGUGUGCAAGAUGUGCCUGAACAAGCUGCACCGCAAGGCCUGCCCCUUCGACCAGACGGCCAUCAGCACCGACAUCGAGCUGCUUCCCGUGAACACGGCCCUGCUGCAGCUGGUGGGCGGCCAGGCCCCCAGACAGCAGCCUGUCUCCCUGCUAAGCGGCGCCGACGACACCAAGCACUAUGAGGAAGCCUGCCGCUGUGUGGAGGAGUUGGCUCUCUACCUCAAACCCCUCGGUGGCAGCAGCAAGGGCCUGGUUUUGAGCAGCCCGGCCCAGAGCAUGCUGAGCCGGCCCAUGCAGCGCAAGCUGGUGACGCUAGUGCACUGCCAGCUGGUGGAGGAGGAGGGCCGUGUGCGGGCCAUGCGGGCAGCCCGCUCGCUCGGCGAGCGCACCGUCACCGAGCUCAUCCUCCAGCACCAGAACCCCCAGCAGCUCUCCUCCAACCUGUGGGCUGCCGUGCGUGCUCGCGGCUGCCAGUUCCUGGGGCCCGCCAUGCAGGAAGAGGCUCUGAAGCUGGUGUUGCUGGCCCUGGAAGAUGGCUCGGCCCUGUCUCGCAAGGUCCUUGUCCUCUUCGUGGUGCAGAGGUUGGAGCCACGCUUUCCACAGGCCUCCAAAACCAGCAUCGGGCACGUGGUGCAGCUGCUGUACCGUGCCUCCUGCUUCAAGGUAACAAAACGCGACGAGGACUCGUCCCUCAUGCAGCUGAAGGAGGAGUUCCGCACGUAUGAGGCGCUGCGACGCGAGCAUGACUCGCAGAUUGUGCAGAUCGCCAUGGAGGGGGGGCUGCGCAUCGCCCCUGACCAGUGGUCCUCGCUGCUCUACGGAGACCAAUCACACAAGUCCCACAUGCAGUCCAUCAUCGACAAGCUCCAGACGCCGGCAUCGUUUGCACAGAGCGUCCAGGAGCUGACCAUCGCCCUCCAGAGGACCGGGGACCCUGCUAACCUGAACCGCCUGCGGCCUCACCUCGAGCUUCUGGCUGACAUCGAUCCCAGCCCAGAUGCUCCACCCCCAAUAUGGGAGCAGCUUGACAAUGGGUUGGUGGCAGUGAAGACUGUGGUCCAUGGCCUGGUGGACUUCAUCCAGAACCACAGCAAGAAGGGGAAUGAUCAGCAACAGCCGUCCCAGCACAGCAAGUACAAGACAUACAUGUGCCGGGACAUGAAGCAGAAGGGGGGGUGCCCCCGCGGGGCCAGCUGUACCUUUGCGCAUUCCCAGGAGGAGCUCGACAAGUACCGCAAGAUGAGCAGGCGCCCUCCGGCGCGACGCCCCCACUGCCCAUCCAUGUUGCCGGGCGGUGAGGCGGGGCUGCCAGAUGAGGACGAGGUGGCCCGUGAUGCCCUGGCCCGGAAGUCGCCUGGCUUCAGCAACGGUAUCAUAGCGGCGGGGCCCGGCUCGCCACUGCCACAGCUUAUAUCGCGGGGCCCCAGUUCCUGUGACCCCGGGCGCAAGCCAUCCAGGAUCGACGCUGGCAGCCCUGUUGCCCCGGGAUCACCCCCGGACUGCCUGGACCCCGUCCCCAAAACGCUGGUGGCGAUGAACCACCACUUAUCGAACCAAAGGCAAACCCUCACAGGCCACCGGCAGGGGACCCUGGUCCACAGGGGUCCCCCCAUGUACCCGCAACAGCAGGCUGAGGUCAUCUACCCCGAGCCCCGGCCUCCGGGUUCUGCAAUGCAGUAUGACUCCUCCCAUUACCCUGCAGGAACCCCCUAUCCCUACCAGCCCUCGCCAUAUCUCCCGAAGCGCUACCUCCGCACCUCCUCACAGGCCAGCGAGCCGGGCCUGCUCCCCUACCAGGAACCCUACGCGGGACCCUAUGUGCCGGAACGCCAGUACACCACCCCUCAAUCUGGGCCUCAGUUUUCCGCCAUGUUCCACCACUACGAUGCGCGGCGCCCCCCCCCUACAAGCCAGUCCUACCUGCCACGUGACGACCUGGUCCGCAUGAGUCCCGGCCCUGUCGAUGUCCCCCCACCGCCACCUCCCCCUCCCCCAUCGACGGGAUCUGCAUACCUUCAGGAAUCUUCCCGGGAAUUGUACUCCUCGGAUACAUACUGCCCCGUGGGGCCUCACAUUCAGGUGCGGCCAUGGGUGAAGCCCAACACCAUUCAGGACCCCUACAGUCGGCCUCAGCAGAGCCUGGGUUCCCUGGUCCAGAGACGCAACGAGCUGAUGGCCCAGCUGGAGGAGAGAGAAGUGCUCUCCCCUCCGCCGUUCACCCCCUCGCCGGUGCUGCCCCAUACGUUCCCCAACAACUAUCAGCGCAAGUACAUCGAGGAGAACUCGCAGGGCUACGGGAAGUGUCCCGAGGCCGACUAUGAGAGCCAGUACUCCCCCUGGUCAUGUGACACCAUCAGCUCCUACAUCAGCACCAAGGAGAGCAAGUCCAAAGAGAACGUGACGGCCAGCGGCAUGGAGAUGAUGAAUUCGGAGAGCAAAGGGUUGAGGGAGCCGGUGAUGGACCUGCAGCGCCGGGCGGCUGAGGCCAAAGACGACGACCCCAUCAUCCCAUUCGGGCCACAGCCCACCGUGUCCCGCUUCGGGGCCAUCUCCCGGACCUCCAAGAUGGGCUACCAGACCACCGGGCCCAUCCAGGCCAUGGCUUCCUCUCAGGGGUCGGCCGCAAAACACCUCACGUUUGCCGCCGACUACACCUACGGGAACCACGGAGCCUGGGGAGGCAGCGCCUCUUACGCUCAGCACCAAAACAUGGCUUCUCAGGGACACUUCAGUGAGCGCCCCCCCAGUCUUCCCACCCCCACCUCGGACCGGGAGCUGCUGAAGAUGGAGCUGCGGCAGGUGAACGAGCAGAUCAGCCAGCAGACACAGAUGCGGGGUCUGGAGGCUGCCAGCAACACCCUGCUGCUGCAGAGGGAGGCGGGCCCACUAGCUCCUUCCCCCGGUCCCGGGGACUGGCCCGCGGGAGGCCUGUCCAGUGAGCAGCUAAGCCUGGAGCUGCACCACGUGGAACGAGAGAUUGGCAAGAGGACCCGAGAGAUGGCGCUGACGACUGUAUCGAAAGCUAGCAGGCGAAGCAAGUGCCGACUUGCCUCUUUCCUUCAGGAGAACCACCUGUCCCAUGAGGUGAAGUUUAAGAUGAAACCCUUGGAGAACGGGCAGGCAGAGCACGACGGCCAGCGCGAGGACGUGCCCCUGGGCCUUGGCGAGGUCUCCAAUGGCUCAAGCAGCCUGCCUCAGGACAGCAGUGUCACCUCCCUGGCCAGCAGGACGUCCUCCCUCAGCCUGGCCAGCGACCUGGGGGGCGGCUCCUCGGACCUGCAGAAGAAUGGCGUGGUUCACUCCUGCUCCUAGUCCCUGGUCCAGCAGCCCUCCCCCCAAUGCAGAUCCAUCGGCAGUUGGCCCCCCCAGCCCCGCUGGCCACACCCGGCCCCCGUUCCCUCAGACUCGUUGGCGACUCUAUGGAAACGAGGGCCGGAAGCCUCCGGAUCCCCAGCCUCAGCUGCGAAAGGCCGUUUUAGGCUUUCAGCAGCUGCAGAGUAGGACCUGCCUUAGAUACACCGUGGGAUUGGGGGUCACCGCUUGCGUUAUAUUUGCAUAUGGGGGUGGGGUUAUGUAAAUGACCUCUGUGGAUUUAGACCGCAGUCAUGCAAGUGCACCCAGCUGGCACAAGCCUUUAGAAAUAAGCAGCAUCUGCAGUGUAUUUGAUAUCUACUUUUUGUUCUAUGAAUGAUUUUUUUUUUUUUUUUUUAAAUGGAACUCAUUGCAUUGGAUGGUCGUUUGCUAAACUGAUAUUUAAAGUAUUUUUAGGUUAUUCAGAAAGUCGCCAGAAUAGGUCAAAUUUAAGAAAACAAACACGAGGAAAGUGAAACUUGUAAGCAAAUUUUUUGGUGAAGUGACAUGUUCACCUACUUGGGUGUUUACCGGAAUUACGGCAGUAAUGGGAUUCUGACACCUGGACUUCCUGUCUGCUGCAAAGGCUCCUUUCUGUGGUUACUUGUCAGUCCCACCAUUCGAUUGUCUCUGAAUAUUCCUGACUUCUGGUUCGAAGUGUUUGAGGGUUUGGUUUCUGACAGCAGGGGAAACUCCAUUCAGGGUGACCCUCUUAGGGCUCCUGUUGCUGAUAAGGGGGGUUUACUCGAUGGCACAGGCCUUACCUGUGUUAAGAAUUUUGUUUACCGUAUUUUGUCUAAAAAAAGUGACUUUGAGGCAUUUGGAGAAUUUGUGGGGUUUAUACAACAUGAAUGUUUUUAAAGUUACAAA